GCGGUUUCAUGGAUGGAGAGCGCACAAGACUGGGUGCCAUUCUUGGCGAUGCCAAAAGCACAGUGCAGUGUGUAUCUCGUCUGUGGCAAAUUUUCCAUCUGCACUGAGAACGCGUUCACCUUCUGCAGCUGUAUCAGGGGCUUCAGCCAGCAGUAUGGGGGUGAUCGGUUGUAUGGUAAUUCGAGUGAAGGCUGCACGAGAAAUGUUGGACUACCGUGUGCUGGCAGCAGCUCCAGAAAGGAAAAGGUCGAUGGGUUUUACGCGCUUGCUAUUGCUAAUCUGCCUGAUAGCGCCAGGAGCAUAGCAGCUGCUAGCGAUGAUGAAUGCAAGCAGGACUGUCUGAACAAUUGCACCUGUACUGCUUAUUCAUAUGGUGACAGGUGUUCUUUAUGGUAUGGAGAUUUAAUCAAUCUGGUAAGUCCUACAGACAGUUCACUUGGGCAAAGCAUAUAUAUUAGGCUAGCAGCAUCAGAAUUCUCCAGCCCAAGUAGAACAAGGACGGCACUCACUAAGGCUGCAAUUGUCGUAGGUGUUUCUGUUCCCUUUAUUGUGCUUGUGGCCUUAUGCUUGAUUAGGAGAGCUCGCAGAUUUAGCUCUGUGAACAAAGUUGAUGGUUCAUUAAUUCUGUUCAAAUAUAGAGAUCUACAAAAUGUGACAAGAAACUUCUCUGAGAGAUUGGGCAAAGGGUCUUUUGGUUCUGUAUAUAAAGGAGUGUUAGCAGAUGGAACACUUGUUGCUGUGAAGAGGCUUGACGGCAUUUCUCAGGGAGACAAGGAAUUCCGAGCAGAAGUUAGCACUACUGGUACCAUUCAGCAUGUGAAUCUGAUCCAAUUAUUGGGCUUUUGCUCAGAGCGAUCGUGUAAGAUACUGGUUUAUGAGUUCAUGCCAAAUGGUUCUUUGGACAGAUACAUGUUUGGAAGCAAUACAGUGGCGUUAAGCUGGAGCACCAGGUACCAAAUUGCGCUUGGAGUUGCUAAGGGAUUGGCUUAUUUGCAUGAGAAAUGCAGGAGCUGUAUCAUACAUUGUGACAUCAAGCCAGAAAAUGUACUCCUGGAUGCAUCCUUCUUGCCAAAAAUAUCUGAUUUUGGUCUUGCCAAACUCGUUGGAAGGGAUUUCAGCAGGGUGUUGACUACAAUGAGAGGUACUGUAGGCUAUCUUGCUCCUGAAUGGAUAAGUGGAACGGCCAUCACUGCAAAGGCAGAUGUUUUUAGCUACGGGAUGAUGCUUUUCGAAAUAAUAUCAGGAAAAAGGAACUUAGAGCAGAGUGAGCAAAGUGCAGAAACCUUCUUGCCUGUGCUAAUAGCAAAGGAGCUCCCUGAAGGGAAUGUUCAGGCGUUGUUAGAUUCUGAAUUGACUGCUAACGCUGACUUCAAUGAAGUGGAGACGGCUUGCAAGGUCGCCUGUUGGUGUGUCCAAGACGAUGAAAACUCGAGGCCUACAAUGGGAGAAGUUGUCCAAAUUCUGGAAGGAUUGGUAGACAUCAGUUUGCCUCCUGUUCCAAGGUGCCUGCAAUAUGUUGCCGAGCGCUCAUUGUUCUCGUCACCCGAGGUACAUUAGAUCAUGUCACUUGCAGGGUUCGGGUCUACCUUUUUAUUGGGUUGGAAUUGUGCUUCUUUUGAGCUGUUAGAGCAUAUGUGCAUACUUCAGUUCAUGUUUAUCUCGAGGCAGAGAGAGAGAGCUACAUUGUAAAUGAUAUUAAUUUUUGUUUCCAAUUUCUGGUCGGUGUCCUUCAAGAACUCCCUUUUCUAGGGAUUUAUAGGAUAUUUGAAAGGACAUUGCUAUUUAUAUUUUUUGUGAACUUUUGGAUACAUACGGUGCUUCUAUCUAAAUUGGCUUGGUUCCGCCGGCUAUUCUCCUAUACUAUCAGGCCACCAUUAAUUACUCCCAUGUCCCUAAAUG